GUCAUUCGCACCGAAUUGCUUUUCAACAGUCGCGUCUUGUCGAAACAUUACGCGCUCCUCCCCCUCGGCGCAUGUGGUCAAGUCGGAAGAUCUUACUCUGAACAUGGCGCUCUCGCAGCGCCCGGCUUCGCGCUUUUUCGCAGCCUUCUACAGAUGGAAUCAACAUACCCAACGGCCAAGAUCAUGCGCUAUUGCCUCUCAAUACCCUCGUCGCGAUACACAUCCCCGCAACGGCAUCUGUACCCCACGCUACUAUAAUACGACCCGUCUGCUGCAACAACAAAGUCACUCCCCGUCGCAAUCGCAUGACGAAGAAGCAAUAGGAACUGGCGAGGAGAAUCCAAAUAUAUCAGGAAGGGGAGGGGCACGGAUAUUCCGACCGGCAGCAAGUAUAUCAGAGGAGAUAGCAAACACGCAGGAACCCGUGGAAGAGCAGGAUGCCUCCUUUGAGCUCUCUGAGGCGGAGCUGGGGGAAGAGCAACUCAAGAAUUCGGUGCGCAGAGUGAUGCGUAACGUUCCGAGUUCGGUCGCAGUCCUCACGGUCGAGAGCAUCGACCCUGAUACUCAGGAACACGUUCCCAUGGGCGUCGCCGUUUCUUCACUUAGUACGGUUACCCUCGAUCCGCCUACGAUUUCCUUCAACAUCAAACAACCGUCCCAGACCCUGGAUGCUAUUCGGGCAUCCAAUGGCCUUUUUCGCGUUCAUUACCCCUCCGCUGACAGAGGCGGUGCGAAAGUGGUCGAUCUAUUUUGUCGAGGGAACCAUCCGGAUGCCUACAGCCUGCGAUCAAAGGAGCUUAGACUCUAUCAGCCUAAGCUCGAUAAGCCCAGACAUCAUUAUGAUCCUAGUAAUAUGCCUUCUCUUGCGCCGCAGGUAUUGGGAGAACAGGUGUUGGCUGCGAUGGAAUGCAAGGUCACCCAUGAAUUUCCCAUCGCAGAUCAUGUCAUCCUUGUCGCCAGAAUCAACAGCAUAGAGCAAAGAGCUUCCAAGGAUUCAACCAUCAUGUAUAUCAAUGGUGGAUACCGUAAACCUGCGGGCGAAAAACUCUACACUCCUACAAGAUCCACACAAUCCGCAGCUGGUGAAAGUGUUUUCUCAGUAUGGGACUAUCAAUUAUUUCCCGGAGAGAGAGAAAGACAGGACUACAUGGGGAAAAUCAAGACCCUCAUCAAAGACACCCCUGCCUAUUACGAAAAGCCAUCUGGCGAGACCUAUAGGAACAUCGAAUCGAGUUUACCGUAUGCUACUGGAAAUUUCGGAAUUGAUCUAGAGGUUCUUGUCGCAGAGUGCCGAAAAGAAAUGGGCCUCCCUGCGCGAUUGCGUGCCGAAGCGGAAGGCCGACAAGUCUUGAGUGACUUCUACGGGCCGUUAACACCGGCAAUGAGGACACAGAUUGUUGAUCGAGCGAAAAGGCUCGUCGCGUUGGAUGCGCGCUUUCUGUCUCAACAUUACCGCACUCUCCUGUACAGCCUGGGCGUGAACCCUAGUAGCAAAGAUCUCCUACCAAGCGACAUCAUGGAGCCUCUGCGAGCAGCAAACCUAGCACCGCCUUUCGAUCCCCGCCGAGGACUUGUAAACAGCGGUACCGAAAACAUCAUAAAAGUUGAACAGCUUGAGUUUCACCUGCGAGGUUACCUUCGGAAAAUGAAAUACGAGGCUGCGUUGAAAACUCCCCUAGACGCAGCCAUGGAAGCCAUCGGCGAACGCAAAUUAGCGGCUGUACAUUUCAAAAAAGCACGGGCGCGAUUACUUACCCAGACUCAUCCUAAACUGUUCGAUGCUUCAGCCAUGGACGUCGCUGGCGAGGUGACUCAAGAAGAAGCUCGUGUAGUUCUGUGCCGCUUUAUCAAUGCCCUGCAAGUUGAUUCUGAGGUGGGACUUCGAAAGCACAUCUUCCAAGACUGGCGUGAGCUGUUGCGUCGAGUCGGCGUAAACCCUACCAUCACAGGAAUGGAUGUGGACUUUCUGAUGGGCAAGAUCCAGCAUUUGUACUAUUCUAACAAAUCGUUCCGUGGUUUUGUUGGCGCUGUUGAAGAGAUGUUGCGACCUUGGUUUGUUCGGAAAGUUAGCUGGGAAGACCUUGAGGAGCGCAUCAGAAGAUUUGUUCAGGAAACCCCACUGCGCGCUACAGGAUGGUCGGGCAAAGACAGACUUGCCGCUAUGGGCCUGCAUUGGGAUGCCACAGUUGCGCUACCAAGCAACAACCCUUCUAAGCAGGUGGGUGAGAAACCGUUGAACCGAGGCGUUAUUCUAGACACGCUCGUAGCAAAGGAGCUGAAGGGUUACUACGGCAAUGGCACCGAGGAAGAGAACCAAGCUAUCGCCAGGUACUUGAAAGAGACGUACAGCUUUGACAUCACACACAGACCGAUACAGUACGAACCCGCAGCGCCUACAUAUCAAUCCUCGAGUGAUGAGAUGCAACAAGCUAUGAACGCAGCCCAGGCUACUGCUCAAGAAGAGGCACAGUUUGAGCAGAUCUUCUAUACACCAGACGGCGCAAGUCCUUCUUGCAGGGAAGGCGGGUCGCCAAAAGUUCGGCAGAUAAAAGCAGACCGGUCGUUGAAGAUCACACGACCUGAUUCAGAACCCCGUAACAAGCUUGAAAGUAAACGCAAGCAGGGUAAGGGUGGCCAAGGAUCGGCCGAGGGACGUUGGGGCACUCACUCUUUUAUCGAAGGAAGGAAUGAGUAGUAUGCUAUUGUAUGUGCGGUAUGUACAUCAUGCCCAAUGUACGUAAUAUGAAUGAGGAGACUACAUGAUUUGGGCGGAAACUUAUUCUAUUGC